AUGAAAUUUAUAUCAUACGUAACCAACUGUACUAAGUAUAAUUCCAGUGAUGAAAGUGGACAAGUGUAUAUACCUCCAAUAUAUUUAUUUCUAGUUUUCUUAAGUCCCAUAGCAUUAGUAAUCAGCUGUUUAGCAUUAACAGUCCUAACUAGACCACAAGCUAUACGCUUAGGCUCAAUGCGUGUCAAUUUAAUUACGCUAACAAUAUUUGAAGCCCUGCUGAAUUUGAUGAUAUUUAUGGUGUCAUUAUUUUAUGCAACUAACUUUCCAAAUGACGAACAAAAUCUUUACAAAACAAUUGUACAUAUAACCUGCUUUGUUUUAAUUGGUGGUGCGUUGUGUUCAAGAAAUUGGACUAUUACUCUGAUAUCACUAGCACGUUGUGUUGCAAUCGCCAAGCCAAUGAUGUCACGUAAAACAUAUUCACAUUUAUUUCAACCUAAAUGGAUGGCAGUGUGUACUAUUAGCUGUAUACUAACAGGAUUUUUACUUAGUGCGCUGAGAUUGUUUGAAAUGCAUAUAGAUGUCUGCUUAAAUCAGAAUAACAGAAUUAAAUUGGUACCCAAUGCAGACUGGCGAUUAGCUAAAGAUUUAUUCUUCACAUUUCAAUCAGCAUUGCCGAUAUUAAUUGUAGUAUUGACAACAAUUAUCAUGUUAAUUGCAUUAUUUCGUCAUAAAUUACCUAAUUUGAAUCAUCAGAGUAUGUCAAAUAGACCCACAGGAAGAUUAAAAAUUCACAAGAGUAACCAGAAUAAUACUAACAUAGAUAAUAGUGACAAUAAUUUGGAUGCCAAUUGUUCAUGUGCAAAUAAACAUGAUUCAACGCAAACAAGACAACAACAGAUUCUACUGGAAUACAAAAUGAAUGAACGUCGUCUACAGAACCAGGCAAGAGCCACACGUAUGGUUACCCUGCUCACAGUUAUAUUCAUUUUAUUUGAAGCACCUGUUUUCUUUUGUGUUACAUUUGAAUAUAAAUUUCAUCGAGUACAAUUUGACCUUGUAACAAAUGCAUUAAAAAGCUUAGUUGUAUUGGAUUCUUGUGCAAAUGUUAUCAUUUAUUUAGUUAUGAGUAAACGAUUUCGACAAGAAACUGUCCGGCUUUGGAGGUAUGCCAGAAGACAAACCAGACAAGUUUUAACCAAUCAGUCGGAAACGACAUUCUGA